GUUCGUGCUACCCACAAUUUUGUUCGGUUUGCAAAAUUUCGGUUGCUGAACGGGCUCUUAAUGGCGCUUUAAUAUGCAUAUCAGUUGGGUCUCACGGGAAAAGCGGCAGAAUGGCAGUUCAGCUGAAGCAAAAAAGGCCGACCAUAACGAGAGCAUUGCUUGCCUUUUGCACCGUCUGCAACGACAUGAGCACACUUUCCAUCACUCGUACCUGUAUCCUGCUCACUUGCGUCGUCCAACGGAACAUUCUCUUACUCCCUUGACACCCAGCUCACCCAUGCACAGUGCCUCUCAGAGCAAUCUACUGCGUCCUCACAUUCGAAUGCCAUCUUUGGCACUCCCGUUCCACAUCGGCGCCUCUCCGUCUGUCCUCCCUUUGCAAAUCGUUCACAUUGACCUUCGCAAGCUUCUGUGACAUGCGUGUGGAUCCGGAAGGUUACAGCGAGAAUUUGUUCAAGACUGCCGAAUUUCGCCAUAGCGGAGGGUAUCCUGUCGCAGCUAUCGUUGGUAUUAGGGUAAAGUAAGUCCC